UUCCCCUCCUCUCUUCUUUCCGCUUAACCUUUUCGAAAUGCGGUUUCCGCGGGGUUCCUCUGUCCCGUCACCCGCGACGACGACGACGACGACGACGCCGACGACGACGACGACGACGAGGCAUAGCAGAGCCUAGAACUCUUCCACCCUCUUCCGAGAAAAAGCAAACCCUAGCCCUAAUGGCUGCCAUCGCUUCCGUCUCGAUCGCCUCCCUGCGGCAAGCCUCUUUGGAGAGGAGGCCGACGCCCUCCGCUUCUGGACCCUUCGCCACUUCUCUUUUGGGUGGCCUUCCUUUCAAACCCCCUAAGCUGGGCUCUCGAAUGGUGGUCCGAUGCCUGGCCGCCUCAACCUAUGUCCCACCCACUGUAUCAGAAACAAAGUCAAAUUUUCUCAAGUCAUACAAGCGGCCCAUUCCGAGCAUAUACAAUACUGUAUUGCAAGAACUCCUUGUGCAGCAGCAUCUGAUGAGGUACAAAAGAACUUAUCAAUAUGAUGCUGUCUUUGCACUGGGCUUUGUCACUGUAUUUGAGCAGCUGAUGGAAGGAUAUCCUAGCAAUGAUGAUCGAGAUGCCAUCUUCAGAGCAUAUAUCCAGGCCUUAAAGGAGGAUCCUGAAGAGUACAGAUGUGACGCACAAAAGUUGGAAGAGUGGGCUCGUGCUCAAAAUGCUAAUACAUUAGUAGAUUUUUCUUCGAGAGAAGGAGAGGUUGAGGAUAUUCUAAAAAAUAUUUCUGAACGGGCUCAGGGUAAGGGAAAUUUCAGCUAUAGUCGAUUCUUUGCCGUUGGACUGUUUCGUCUGCUUGAGCUGGCAAAUGCAACAGAACCAACAAUCUUAGAAAAGCUUUGUGCGGCCUUGAACAUAAACAAACGAAGUGUGGAUAGGGACCUCGAUGUGUACCGCAAUCUUCUUUCAAAAUUGGUUCAGGCCAAGGAGCUUCUGAAGGAAUAUGUUGAUAGAGAAAAGAAGAAAAGAGAGGAGAGAGUUGAAUCUCAGAAAGCUAACGAGGCCAUUACCAAAUGCAUGGGAGAUUAUCAUCAUGCAAGGCAGUAAUUCGGCAAGUCAAUGCUUUGAUCUGUUUUCAAAAGCUUUGCUCCAUGAAGCUUCAGCUUGCUUUUCCGUUUUACCUCCACCGGAGCAAGAUGGAACCUUCAAGCUACUUGUGCCAUAUAUCAGUAUAUUUUUCACAUGUGAUGUGUAUUAUUUGGAGUUUAAAGAUCCAAGCAUCAUAUUUUUUAAGCUUCUCCAUAUUCCAACUAUUGUCUCAUAUCUGCAUCUAGCAUCAUAUUGCUCUCUCUUUACUAUUUGCAAUAUGCAAAGGGCAUGUGAUCAAUGUUCUCCUAAGUAAUGCAAUUUUUUUUUUUCUUUUCUUUUGCUACA